GUUUUAUUUUUUGAGGCACAGAAAAAAGAUACUCCAUGGAGUUUGAAAGCCUGGAAUAAGACCCAAUCCAACCCAACCCAACAGAAUGGAUGACGCAGAUAAAAUAAAAUCCUGGAAAGCUAAAAGGAAUGGUGUCUGUUUCAUCGCUGCAUUGCUGCUACAUCUCAUCUUGUUUGAACCAGAAAGGCGUUAUUGUAAGUACCGGUUCUCUUACUACUAGAAGUAAUAGCAACAGUAGAAAGCAGCCUCUUUUCUGCUGCUACAACAGCUACCGCCCGCAGCAUGAAGAGAAGAAGAAACCAUUUAUCCGCGUUCAGGAAGUAAAAGAAGAUGGGCAUGGACAUGAACAUGCAACCAGAAGAAGACAAAUUAUGCUUCAGGCGCCGCUUAUUGCCUUUUCUUUUCCGCAAUUUGUGUCUGAUGCAGUCGCAGGGAAAGAACCAGAUGUGCCACAAGAUUUCCGAGCUUAUACUGAUGACGUGAAUAAGUUCAAGAUUUUUAUUCCCCAAGAUUGGCAAGUAGGAGCUGGAGAACCAAAUGGAUUCAAGUCCAUUACAGCUUUCUUUCCAGAGGAAGAAGCUGCGAACUCAAAUGUCAGCGUAGUGAUCACGGGGCUUGGUCCGGAUUUUACUAGAAUGGAAUCUUUUGGCAAAGUUGAAGCCUUUGCAGACACUCUGGUCAGUGGAUUGGACAGGAGCUGGCAAAGGCCCCCAGGUGUGGCAGCGAAACUCAUAGAUUGCAAAGCUGCUAAUGGCUUCUACUAUAUUGAGUACACAUUGCAAAAUCCGGGCGAAAGUCGAAAACAUUUGUUUUCAGCUAUUGGAAUGGCAUCAAAUGGUUGGUACAACAGAUUGUACACUGUGACAGGACAGUUUGUGGAUGACGAGGCAGAGAAAUAUGGUUCCAGAAUUGAGAAGGCUGUAUCAUCCUUCAGAUUCAUUUGACACAACAGUUGCGGAAUAAGAUGGCAGAGCCAUGGUUUUACACAGUGGUGCUGCAGAUCCUCUUUAGGUUGUGAUGCAUGUCAUUUGUUAAGCAGCUACUGAUGGAGACACUUUCCGUGAGGCAUUGUCUCACGUUUGAAAUUUGAUCAAUAAUAUUUGAAGGCUUUCAUUAUUCUUUACGAGUGGCGACUGAUGAAUCUGUUUUCCUAAGCAAUCAACUUUGGAAUCCACUUCUGAAUUUUUUCUGUGGCACCAGACUUAAAAAACCAUUCUACCCAAAGCUA